GUGAUUAUGACGUCACAGGGCAUCUGGUGAAAGUGAAAGUAGUCUCAGCUGAACUGUGCUGCGGUGAAACGGCUCCUUUAGUGUCUGGACGCUGCCUGUGUUCCACUUUCAGAUAUGUCUCAAUGGAUCAGAUCUUUCAUCAAACCUCCACCUCCACCCUCUCCAUGUUUCGAUGAACCAUGGAGGAGCAUCGACUGGGGAGACAAACAGAGCGCUCUGCAGUAUGUGAAGGACUACAAUCCUCCCACUGAAGGCCAGCAGAUCAGGAUUCUUCUUCAUGGACCAGUUGGAGCUGGAAAGUCCAGUUUCAUCAACUCCGUCAACAGUGUCUUAAGAGGCCGAAUAUACACUCAGGCCUUGGCAGCUAAUACCGCUACCGGCUGCUUCACCAAAGAGUACACAACCUACAAGAUCCAGAGAGGAGGCCCAGAGCCGUACUACCCUUUUGUCUUCAAUGACAUCAUGGGCCUGGAUCCACUCAAAGGUGUCCUGGUGGACGACGUCAAACUGGCUUUAAAGGGACACGUGAAGAACGGUUACAAGUUCAACCCUGAAUCCAGCUUGUCAGAGGACGAUAGAUUCUACAACAGUUCCCCAAACCUCAACGACAAAGUUCAUGUUCUGGUUUGUGUCGUUCCUGCCGACACCGUUUCUGGAAUGAAUGAUAGAACUGUGCAGAAGAUUCAAGACAUCAGGAUGGAAGCCAGUAAACUGAAGAUCCCUCAGGUGGCCAUUCUCACCAAAAUUGAUGUCAGUCCUGAAGUCAAAAAGGAUUUAAAGAACGUCUACAAGGUCAAGUACCUGAAGGAAAAGAUGGAGGAGUUCAGUGCCAAUGUGGGAAUCCCAAUGAACUGCAUCUUCCCCGUGAAGAACUACGAUUCAGAAAUCGACCUCGACAAUGACGUUGACUCGCUGAUCCUGAGCUCACUGAAACAGAUCAUCAACUUCGGAGAAGACGGCAUCAACUUCCACCAGUCAGUCUGAAUCCUCAGACUGAAAUGUUUUUUCUUUAAAGCGUCUUAAAAACUUGCGUGUCUCAGAAGCAUUAAAUAUGCUUGACUAAAAAUCAACAUUUAAAGUAAAAAAGAAAAAUAUUCAUAUUAUAAGUCAGUUAAUCUGCUUCUUUAUUGUGGUUUGAUCAGAUUUAAAUGACAUAACAAUGUGGCAUGUGGUGAAGCGGUAAGAAUAGAAUGUGAAUGAACUGAAGUGUUUUAGUUUUGUUUAUUAACUGGAUCCCCAUUACCUGACGCCUAAGCGGAAGCUAAUCUUCCAUUUUAGCUUCGUAUUACAACAUAGAACUCAUAUAAACUUUCAUAACAAAGAUGUUUUCAGGGCUUUUAAUUUUCUUUAUGAAUCGUCUCUAUUUUUACAUCUCAUGAUGUUUAUUCUUAACAUUGUUUAUAUUAAUUUUGAUAGACAUCCAAAAGCUUCUAAAGAUACCAAACAUUUCAUGCCGUAGCAAUAGAAUCAUCAAGUCCCGUGUUAUAAUAUUUCCCCCAAUUUCACCACCAUGUAGCUUCACUAACAGCUGGAACACAAUAAAUCUGCAUUUUACACCUUCA